GGAGACGUGUGUGCGGGUCGGGCGUUUGCCCGGCGUUCUCCCUUUCUCGCAAGUGGCGGUGCCCGGACUCUGCUUUCGGCUCCGGGCAUUGGUGCGGCCGGCCAGGGCGCCUCUACGCCGGCGGGGCGCUGAAAGCUGUUUUGGAGCGUGGCGGCGGUGGCGGCUGCGGCUGGUGUGCCCGAGCGAGCUCCAGACGCGCACUCCGCUCCCCGUUGGACCCUUUCCUCCUCCGCCUUCCCCCUCCUCCCUUCCCUCCUCCCCACCCCCGUUCCCCAGCCCCACUCCUCCUCCUCCUCCUCCUCCUCUUCCUCCUCCUCCUCCUCGUCUUCCUCCCCUCCCGGUUCGGCGAUGCGAGUCUGUAUCGUGUAACAGGAUUGGCGUUGCAAUGGCAACUGAUGGAAUGGGGGAAGGCAAGACAGCAGGGCUGGGGGCUUCGGACUGCGGGCGGGCGGGCCGCUGUCGCCGCUUGACGCCCCUCCGGGGACCUUCGCGAGUUACUUUGUAAAGGCGAAUCCAGGCAAGAGAGCCCCGCUCGGCGUCCUGGGCCAGAGGCCGCUGCUCCUCGGCUGUGCAAGCCGGGCUCCUACCGCGCGGCCCCCCGGCCCCCUGCCCGCCGCCCGCCGCCGCCUCUGCGGAGACUCGAGCCCGCUUCCCCGGAGAACACUUCGCCUCGCGGCUCAGCUUCCCAUCACCGCCCCCUGCUCCUCCGCGGCGUCUGCGAUCUUCCCAGGCACCCGGUGUGAGUGCGGCGUGCGUGUGAGUGUGUGUCAGCGUAUCGUGUUGUGUGAGUGUGUGUGAGUGUGUGUGUGUGAGUGUGUGCAUGAGUGUGUGGAGUGCGGGGCUCCUGCGCUCCGCUCGCGGCCGCCGCCGGGGAAGGACAGACGGACGGCGCUUCUUCCUUCGGCGAGCGGUUCCCGGGCACCUCGGCUCGGCCCGGCCGCGAGUGGAGCGCGCCUGGCUGGCCGCCGGCCUCCGGAAGGUCCCGCCGCGUCCCCCCUGCGCUGGAUAUGUUCAUGUUCACGUGAAGAUGGAUUUACUGUACGGUCUCGUGUGGCUGCUGACAGUCCUCCUGGAGGGGAUCUCUGGCCAAGGAGUGUACGCUCCUCCCACGGUUCGUAUUGUGCACUCUGGCUUGGCCUGUAACAUUGAAGAGGAGCGCUACUCCGAAAGGGUCUACACUAUCCGGGAAGGAGAAACCCUCGAGUUGACUUGUCUAGUCACAGGACAUCCACGUCCACAGAUCAGGUGGACCAAAACAGCAGGAAGUGCCUCUGACAGAUUCCAAGACUCAAGUGUCUUCAAUGAGACUUUGAGGAUUACAAAUAUUCAGCGACAUCAAGGAGGCCGGUAUUACUGUAAAGCAGAGAAUGGCUUGGGGUCUCCAGCGAUAAAGUCAAUCAGAGUGGAUGUAUACUAUUUGGAUGAUCCAGUAGUAACUGUUCAUCAAAGUAUAGGCGAAGCUAAAGAACAAUUUUACUAUGAGAGAACAGUGUUCCUCCGGUGUGUUGCCAAUUCCAAUCCUCCUGUUCGGUAUAGCUGGAGACGUGGCCAGGAGGUCUUGCUGCAAGGAUCUGAUAAAGGAGUUGAGAUUUAUGAACCAUUCUUUACCCAGGGUGAAACAAAGAUCUUAAAACUGAAGAAUCUUCGACCUCAGGACUAUGCUAAUUAUAGCUGCAUUGCUUCAGUGAGGAAUGUAUGUAAUAUUCCUGAUAAGAUGGUGUCAUUUAGACUGUCCAAUAAAACAGCAUCACCGUCAAUUAAACUCUUGGUGGAUGACCCCGUAGUUGUAAAUCCUGGAGAGGCCAUAACAUUAGUGUGUGUUACGACAGGAGGAGAGCCUGCACCUUCUCUCACCUGGGUCAGGUCCUUUGGGACUCUGCCUGGAAAGACUGUUUUGAAUGGAGGAACUUUGACCAUACCUGCCAUCACCUCAGAUGAUGCUGGUACUUACAGCUGCAUUGCCAAUAAUAAUGUGGGAAACCCUGCAAAAAAGUCCACCAACAUCAUUGUGAGAGCAUUAAAAAAAGGACGAUUUUGGAUCACACCAGAUCCUUAUCACAAAGAUGACAACAUCCAGAUUGGCCGUGAGGUGAAAAUAUCUUGCCAAGUAGAAGCUAUUCCUUCUGAGGAGCUAACAUUUGGUUGGUUUAAAAAUGGUCGUCCAUUAAGAAGUUCUGAGCGGAUGGUCAUUACACAGACUGAUCCUGAUGUCUCUCCGGGGACAACAAACUUGGACAUCAUUGAUUUAAAAUUCACGGAUUUUGGGACGUACACAUGUGUAGCAUCUCUGAAGGGAGGAGGAAUAUCUGAUAUCAGUAUCGAUGUUAAUAUAUCCAGCAGCACAGUUCCACCCAAUCUGACUGUUCCACAGGAAAAAUCACCACUGGUCACCAGGGAAGGAGACACAAUAGAACUGCAAUGUCAAGUAACUGGCAAACCUAAACCAAUCAUCCUUUGGUCUAGAGCGGAUAAAGAAGUUGCAAUGCCUGAUGGAUCAAUGCAAAUGGAGAGUUAUGAUGGAACACUGAGGAUCGUGAAUGUAUCUAGGGAAAUGUCAGGAAUGUACAGAUGUCAGACCAGCCAAUACAAUGGAUUUAACGUGAAACCAAGGGAAGCCUUGGUGCAGCUCAUCGUUCAGUAUCCCCCUGCAGUGGAACCAGCAUUCUUGGAAAUCCGGCAAGGACAGGAUCGAAGUGUCACUAUGAGCUGCAGAGUACUGAGAGCCUAUCCAAUACGGGUGCUGACCUACGAGUGGCGCUUGGGCAAUAAAUUAUUACGGACGGGUCAAUUUGACUCUCAGGAAUACACAGAGUACCCUGUGAAGAGUCUUUCCAAUGAAAACUAUGGGGUUUAUAACUGUAGCAUCAUAAAUGAAGCUGGAGCUGGGAGAUGCAGCUUUCUUGUUACAGGAAAGGCCUAUGCUCCAGAAUUCUAUUAUGAUACCUACAAUCCAGUAUGGCAGAACAGACACCGUGUUUAUUCUUACAGUCUACAGUGGACACAGAUGAAUCCUGAUGCAGUGGAUCGGAUUGUUGCAUACCGGUUGGGUAUCAGGCAGGCUGGACAGCAGCGUUGGUGGGAGCAGGAGAUUAAAAUAAAUGGGAAUAUUCAAAAGGGAGAAUUAAUUACAUAUAACUUGACAGAGCUAAUUAAACCAGAAGCUUAUGAAGUCCGACUGACUCCUCUCACCAAAUUUGGUGAAGGAGAUUCAACAAUUCGUGUGAUCAAAUAUAGUGCUCCUGUAAAUCCUCAUUUGAGAGAAUUUCAUUGUGGAUUUGAAGAUGGUAAUAUUUGUUUGUUCACUCAAGACGAUACAGAUAAUUUUGACUGGACAAAACAAAGUACAGCAACAAGAAAUACAAAAUAUACUCCUAAUACAGGACCUAAUGCUGACCGUAGUGGCUCCAAAGAAGGUUUUUAUAUGUACAUUGAGACAUCACGACCCAGAUUGGAAGGCGAAAAGGCGCGACUUCUCAGCCCUGUUUUCAGCAUAGCUCCCAAAAACCCUUACGGACCCACAAACACUGCAUAUUGUUUCAGCUUCUUUUAUCACAUGUAUGGACAACAUAUAGGUGUCUUAAAUGUUUAUCUACGUUUGAAAGGGCAAACAACAAUAGAGAAUCCACUGUGGUCUUCAAGUGGGAAUAAAGGACAAAGAUGGAAUGAGGCUCAUGUUAAUAUAUACCCAAUUACUUCAUUUCAGCUCAUUUUUGAAGGUAUUCGAGGUCCUGGAAUAGAAGGUGACAUUGCUAUUGAUGAUGUAUCAAUUGCAGAAGGAGAAUGUGCAAAACAAGAUCUAGCAACUAAGAAUGAAUGUGAAGAACAAAGGGGCAAUCAGAAGAAGUGCAAAGCAAUCAGACUUAUUGAGAUGGUAAUAAAAUGUGUAUCUCAAGUGGGUUCUGGAUCAUUCACGUAAACCAACAAACAAUUUGAAUCAAUGUUUUUCACUACAGAUCAUAUGUUCAGUUGCUUUAAUUGAAAGUAAAUGGAUAAAAUGCAGAAAUUUUAAAAGAUUGGGAUAAGUGAAAUGUAAAUUUUUUAAGUAGCCUCUUUAAUAUUAGUAAAAAUAAUGAAACUUUUAAAACACUCAUUUAGCAACUGCCUUCCUUUUCCUAAUUUUUUUGUAUUUAUUAUGAACUGGACUCACCAACAUAUUUUUCCUUUUCCAUUUUGAUAACACAUUUAAAGUGUAAUUGAUGCCAAUAUUUUUCGUUCUUUUAUAGAGAGGCACCAGGCAAUGGAGUUUUUAAUAUUGUGGAAGAAAGAAUGUACCAUGUGAUCUCUUACUGCCAGUAAUUGAUCCUAAUUACUUUGGAGUAUUAUUCUAUUUCAUGAGUUCAAGAAUGCUUGUCUCUCUACAUGUUAACAUCUCUGCAAUUGGGCCUAUUUUAAUUGCAAUUGGCAGCAUUUCUUUGUAGUGAUAUAUAAAAUGCAUCAUAGAUAUAAUGAAAUUCACUAAAGUCACUAACAUUGCCAGAAGUGCCAAACAAUGCCUAAUAUUACUACUUUUCAACAAACCCUAAACUGAGAAGAAAACACCCAACCAUAUUUGUAAGAUUUACAUCAAAUGCUCAUUGACUAUGCAGUAUUUGAAAAUAAUGUAAUUUUUAUUUUGUCCGUUUUAAAAAUCUGAGUCCUCUCUUAAGUACAUUAUAUACAUACCUAGGUACACUCUUUUUUUUUCUGCUGCGUGUUUUUUAAUUCUACCACAAAUCACAAUAUGCUAUAUAUCCCUGUUUAAAAUGUUUCCUCCUUCCGUGUUGUUCACAGUACUUUGUCACAAGUUUGGCCUGCCAUUAACUUUUCUUUAAGAGAUUUGGAAGAUGCAUGGUACACCACAAUGUCAUGCAGUCGGCUAAACUAAAGGUAUUUCAUUUCACACAUAUCACAGAAUUGACUUCGGCAUGGCAAUGAAUUAUGAUAAUUAUAAUACUGAGAAUUACAACCCAGCUAGUCAGUUACAUCAUGUAAUAGAGUAAAAGCAAUUCAAUUCUUUUGUAUUUUAAAAUAUGAUGAAAUACAAAUUACAACUGUAUUAACUUUUCACCAAACAUGCAUUUUUAUUUUAAAAAGUUUAUAAUAAACAUAUAUGUCAAUAAAAUGUGUAACUUGAAGAACAAUUAAUUCAUUUAGUUAUGUAAUUGAGACUGUAUGAACCUGGCUGUGGUGUUUUACAUGAUCAAUUUUUCUUUGCUCUGAUUAGUGAUUUGAAAGAUGGUGAUGGAAUAAUCUUAUUUUUAUAGACUGAUUUCCAAGUGUUCUUGUGAAUGCGUAUUAUUUACCACAAAACUUUUUUUUUUAACGUGCCUUUCAAAGAUCAGGGCCAAUCAACAGACCUUUAAACUGGAAAAUCUUUACCCCAAAUUAAUUUGCUUCUUGGUUGAUGACUAUGUUUUACUAAUUGUUUCAUCUGUGUCUCACCAAAGCAGAAGGUACACUCUUCUUGCAACUGGGUAGUUGAUGUCAAUGAGGAGUUAUUGCAUUUUCUGUGAAAACAAUAAAAUCACAGGGUUCAGUCCCAAGCUAUUUCCUUUCCUACAGUGUUCCCUUUGUGGCUAAUUAGUUUAUUAGUUUUCUUAGUGCUCAUUUUUAAAAAGCAAUGUCUAGCAUUUUCUACAUCUGUGUAGGAGAAAAGCUACCACAGAAUGAUCAGAACUUUUUUCAAAUCUAAUAUAAAAUGUUCUUUGCCGAAUAUCCACAAUAUUUAUCAGUAAACAUGUAUGUUGUUAUUACAUACAUAGAAAAAGAAAGACUAAAGACUUGAAAUCUGUAUGUGAACUAUGUCAGUUCUGAAUCAAUCCAUAUGUUCCUGUCUGCUUAGAAAAAGAAGUGAGGCUUAGAGAGGGAGAAAUAUUCCAUAUAUUUGUAUAUGGAUGACUUUAUUAACAUAUUAAUUUAAAGCUUAAUAAAUUAUGAGUGGUGAUAUCACUACCCUGAACCUACAUUGAAUAUAUUGAAAUUAGGAAACUGGAAUCCAAAAUGUUGAGUAGGGCAGAGGUUAAACUCUGGGUAGAAACUGAAAUGGUUUUCUCAAGGAAAUAUUUACAACUGAUUGAAUUUAAUUUCAAUUGUACUAAUUUUCCAUAAGUUGAGCUAAAGUGUAUUCUUAUUUUUCAAUAAAACAAUGGGAAAUUCUAUAAAAUAGGGAUUAACUUGUUAGUUUCAGUUCGUUUUUGUAUGGCUCUUAAUUGUUGUCCUGGGUUUCCAGGAUAUCAUUUUUAUUUCUUGAGUCUCAGCAAUAUAUUUAAAUGUGUAAGUUUAAUCGAAUAUACAUUGUGUUAAAUUUAUAUUGAAUAUUAGUUUCAUUUGAAAUCUCAAAGUUUAGAUUUAAUUUCAUUCCUUUUGAUAUUUUCUUCCUGCUAAAUAGUUUCAGAUAGCUGUAUGUUAUUUUCCCUUGGAUUUUUUUUCAAUAAAUGAAAUUAUGUUGAAUACUCUAUUAGUGUUUUGGGGAAAUUUCUGCUGUCAAUAGCACUCAAGUUAGAAACAAAAAGAUUUUUAGAAGAGCAAUUAUGUUUGCAAUUUAAGAUGAAAAUGCCAUCAUUUCUCUCACUGUUGAAAAGCUUUUAUGGACUCAACACUGCAGUGAGCACAAUUAGCCCAUUAAGAUAUGUGUGGAUUUUUACAUCCUUUCUAAGGGAUCAUUUAUAAGAUUGUGUUAAACAAACAGGCACUAAAAUCUUCCUGAAUUAAUGUGAUUUAAGAAUUAUAACUCAGUUUAGUAACUAUGGACUUCUGUAUGAUAUGUGAAAUAAUUGCGGUUUAAUGGUGCUAAUGUUAUUCAGGAAGAUAGUUUUGAUCACAUAUUUCAUGGGGACACUAGACUAAAUGUGAGUUUUCUGGGAGAAACAAAUAAUAUUGCUUGACAAGGAUUGAAUGAACCAAAGUAUAAAGGGAAUUCUAAGAAUUAACUUACUUAUCAUUGUUUCCCUACUGACAUUUUAGCUUAAUUUUAUCUUUAUUUUUGGUAUUAUGUAUCUAAAUAAACCUAAGAAAUUUUGGAAAUGCAGGUACAAUUAACAUUAACAGACUCAUUAACAGUGUUCAAAAAUCAACCCCCCAACUGCUUUCUAACUGUGUGUUAAUUGCUGUUUAUUUUUCAUAUGCUAUUUUAGUUGAAUUAAGGAUCUUACCUAUAUUUGUAUUUCCGGUAGUCUUUAGUUGUCUACAUACUUGCUUCCCAAAUGAAACUGGAACCUCUUCCAUCACAAGGAUGUGUCAUUCACAUCUUCAGCAGUCUCUGUUGAACCUAGGUAUAUGGUAAGUCACGGUUCUAUGGAGACUACUGACUUAAUGAUUAUUGAAAUAAUUUAUGAUUUAGAGCCAUAUUUAGACCAGAACUUAUUCAGUUAGCCUAGAAAUGGGCAGCAACUUCAUCUUUCACUAAUAAAAUCAAUGUAAUUUCAUAGACAGAAGAGAUCUCAUGUAUACUGAGAAAAGACGAGCAGCCAACUGAAGAAACAGUUUAACCAUUUGCAACAUAAUUUGCUAGCACUUCUUAGUUUUACAGAAAACAAUUGUAUUUCUUAAUAAAAGAGCAAAUGUUAAUGUUUCUGCAAACAAAAUCAUUAUAUUUUUAAACUAAGGAAAAUUAGACAAAUUCUGUAUAUUUUAUCAAUUAGAUAUCAUAAUUAUAGAUGAAAAUAAUACUUUAGGGAAUCUCUAUAACUAAAGUGUGUUAAUUAUAGAAUAUUAUGCUUCAUUUUACAACAGUAGGGUCGUAUAAGCUCCAGCUAAAUUCAACAUCUUAGCUCCUUUCUAGAGUCUGCUGCAGUGUAUAUUUCUUGGGAUCUAAACUUGAAGUGUAGUAUACUCAGACAUGUAAAUAUUUUUCAGAGUUACAUGAUAAUUUGAAUUGUAAAACAAAAUUUUAAAAUUAAGACUAUUUUAGGGUAAUAGUUCAUGUAGCAGAAACUAGAUUCUUACGAAUGGAACAAAAUAAUAAGAAAAAUUAAUUUUCAAAAUUGGGAACAGUGUUGAACAGAGAGGACUAUUAAUUUUUAUUAUUUUAACUUGUUUCUGCUUUGAGUUACAUUUUUUAAUUUUCAAAACUAACACAGUUAAACAGGCUGAUGAGUCCAAAAUAUAAGGAUGGUAUGGUGCUAAUAUAUGGCAGCCAAAUAAUAAUAAGUAAAUGAAAAAUAAGUACUAUAAUGUCUGUUGUAAAUUUUUAAUGAAAGAGACAUACAUCUUUCUCUUUUCAGAUUUUGAUAAUAUCUUGUACAAGACUGAGAUUUUGAAUGUAUCCAAAAGGCUUUUUCCAAUGCAGUCAUAUCUGGGGGUGCUGGAAGGGUACCCAUUCUGAAUCAAUCCCCCCACUCUAGAAUAUGAUGCAAUUAUUCUGCAGUUUGCCAUUCAGUUAUCCAUUCCUUCAACCUUAGCGUUACUUUUUUCCAUUUAGUAUUCCUUUAAACUACAAAUACUUUCAUAAGAGAAAGACAUUAGUCCCUAAUAAUAUGGGGUGUAUUUUAUCCGAUCAAAAUCUUCCAAUAACUAGAGUAAUAGGCUGAGGAAACUUACCAGAAAGGACUAGGAAAACGAAGGAGAAGCAUGCUAAAAGAAGACGUAUAGGACUUGAAAGACCACAUUCAUUUCAUAAUUUUCCUGAGAAUAGGUUCAGAUUGCAUGCGCAAUACAGAAAAUGUAGAUAGAAUGAGAAGAAUGUCCAGCUGUCGGAUAUAUGCAGUGGAUCAAAGAACAGAGUUGCAGAGUUUAUAGAACAGAAUCAUAGACAAUGAAGUCAUAGAGAUGGGGACAAUAUGAAUAGGUAUGGAUAAUGUAGUUUAAAAUGAAAUUAGUUAAAUGAAUGCUCACAUCAGUACAAGAGAGACAAAAGGAAAAUUUUGUAAUCAAAUGCAUUUGGUAGAGACAUAAAAUCUAGAAAGUGAAAAUAAAGUGUUCAAAUCAAGUAAGUUUGAAAAGGAGUUGCAAUAAACACAUUUGCAAAUAUUUUACGGCAUGUUCUUCUUGCUUUCUCUUCUUUCCUUUUCAGUGACUAUUUACAUCUUGGCUUCUCUGUCCACUUUCUCCUUCCUGUGUUAUGUGAAGUCACAUAAUGUAGGUUAGUUUAGAGUAAAUUUUACUUUAAGACGUAUUUCAACAGGUUACUGUCUCAAAGUGCUUCUGCUCACACUUUUACUCUAGCACUUUCUCAUUAAGUAAUUUUAAUCAACUUAUUUAAUGUUCCUACAACUCAGUUUUUUUCUCCUGUAAAAUAGGGAUAAUAGCAACAGUAAUAAUAUGGUAUUUUACAGGAUUUAUGGGGGGCUCAAAUGAGAUAAUCUGCGAAAAGCACUUAAAUAAUUUCCUAGAGUAUAGCAAGCAUUAAAGAGCACUCUUUACUGAUAUGCUUCCUAUUAUUAGAGAAAGAAAAAGAAAAAUGUUGAAAAUCUUGAUGUCUGUUACAAUGCACAUGUGCCAAGUUUGGAAAUGAGCAUCAUCAAGUUAUUUCUACUUUCUCUAAUAAUCUUACUUCAAGCCCAUGCUUAUGCUUACAUUCAUACACACACAGCAUUUACAUAACGAUUUAUCAUUUUCAAAGUAUUCUCAAACUCAUUAUUUUAUCUGUUCAUGGGUUAGUGACUUACACAUAGUAUAUGUGAUUCUACAUAUGAUGGAAGACUUACAAUUUUUUUUCCAUAACCCUGACACGGCGUGUAGAAGGGCACCCUUUCACAUGUGACCCAGGAGCAAAAAAAAAAUAUAUAUAUAUAUAUAUAGUGCUUAAUAAGCAAUGUCUCUUGUAUUUUAAUACCCAGUGAACCUGUAUACAUUAACAAAUCUAAAGCAACAUUAUUUUACGUAGCAUGAAGAAGAAAAAAAAACCUUUUUAUUGUGAUUACAAGAACCACCAGUUUUAACAGUCAGUCCUAUUUCAGAGAUGUUAAAGUGUCUUUAAAAAUUAAACAUUAACUGGCCGGGCAUGGUGGCUCACGCCUGUGAUCCUAGCUCUUGUGUAAUCCUAGCUCUUUGGGAGGUCGAGAUGGGUGGAUCACCUGAUGUCAGGAGUUCGAGACCAUCCUGGCCAACAUGGUGAAACCCCAUCUCUACUAAAAAUAUGAAAAUUGGCUGGGUGUGGUGGUGGGCGCCUGUAGUCCCAGCUACUCAGGAGGCUGAGGCAGGAGAAUCACUCGAACCCAGGAGGCAGAGGUUGCAGUAAGCCGAGAUUGUACCAUUGCACUCCAGCCUGGGCAACAGAGCAAAAACUCCUUCUCAAAAUAAAUAAAUAAAAGUAAAUAAAACAUUAAAAUUGAUAAAAUAUGGCAUCAUUUAUAAUUAUUCCAGAUAUUUCAUUUGAAUCUCAUAGGAAACCUGCUUUGUGCAUUAGAAUGCAGCCAGAAUGGGAAUUUAAGAUUAAUCAAUACCUCGUAGGAUGGUUAUUGACAAUUCAGAUUCCCAGGUUUUGGCACCAGAGAUUUACAGUCAAUAGAGAUGGGGGAAGGGAGGGGGCCUAGGUUUUAAACAAGCUGCUUAAAUAAUUCUGGUGUAUAUGAUCAAAAAAUCAGAAUUUGGUAAACGUUGUAGUGGAAAGAAGGUACAUUCAAAUCCUGAUUUUACCAUUAGUAGCUAUGUGACCUUAUGUAGAUGGUUCAAAUUCUCUGUUCCUUAGUGUCCCUUGGACACACCGUAGAGCAGUCUGGAGCCAGACUGCCUGGAUUCUUCCUUAUACAAUUUCCCUCCAUUCUUUCAUGUGUAAAAGGAGGUAGUAUAUUGCCUAAUUUAUGAGCUAAUAUAUGUAAAACACUUAGAACAUUACUGGCAAAUAAGAAGUGCUAUAUAAAUGUCUACUCACCUGUAAAAAAAACAGGCGCAGCAAUAAUAAUAUCCAUCUCAUAAUGAUUAAAUGAGGUAAUGCAUAUCAGGUAUAAUAUUUAGCAAAUAAACCAUUUUGGAUUUUUUUUCAAAAUAAUGGCCUAAUGCAGUAAUCUAUCUUCUAAAUAACUUUAAUUUUUUUCAUGAAUACCCCUUUUUUAACCUUGUUUUAUCUUGAGGAUAGACAAGGAAGAAUUUUCCAUGAUGUUUUAAUGAUGCAAAUAUUUUAAUAUUGUUAUGUAACUGACAUAUAUUAGCCCUCAAAUGAAGUAAGUUCUCUGGUAUUACUUUCUAACAUAAAUGAGUUUCGAAUAAUCAUGCUUAUUUUAGAAUGUAAACAAUUAGAAAAAUUAGGCAAUAAGCACAAGUUUGGCAUUCUUCAAAAGUUAAUCAUUAAUAUUUAUAUACGUACAUAUAUUUUAGACAGAAAUGUUGCUAAUUUGUAGAAAUUUAACCUUUUAUUUUGACAUAGAUUUACAUCCAGUUGUAAGAGAUAACACAAAGGUUUCAUAUACACUUUACCCUUUUUCCCCCAAUAACUUUAAAGCUGUAGUACAAUAUCACAAACACAUUGACAUUGAUACAAUCCACUAAUCUUGUUCCCAGUUUUAUUUGUGCUUGCCUGUAAGUGUGUAUUUAGUUCUGUGUAUUUUAAACACAUCUGUAGGUUCAUGUAUCCAUCACCACAGUCAAUACACAACAGUUCAAUCACCACAAGGAUCGCUCUAGUGUUGCCUUUUGACAAUACGUCUCCCUUCGGCCAGCUAAUUCUAUACCACUGGCAACAAUUAACCUUUUCUCCAUUUCUACAGUUUUGUCAAUUCAAGAAUGUUACAUAAAUGGUAUUAUACGCUACAUAAAUAUUGGGGAGUUGCUUUUUUCAGCCUAAUUUCCUGGAGAUUUAUCCAAGUUGUGGUAUGUAUCAAUAGAUUGUGCCUUUUUAUUGCUGAGUAAUACUGUGUAGUAUGCACGUACUACAUUUUGUGUAACCAUUUAUCCAUUGAAGGACAUCUGGAUUAUUUCCAGUGCAGGGCUAUUAUAAAUAAAGCUGCUACAAACAUUCAUGUACACAUUUUCCUGGGAACUUAGAUUUCCAUUACUCUGAGAUAAAUGUCUAGGAGUAUAAUGGCAUGCAACAUAGUAGUUGCAUGUUUAGUUGUAUAAGAAACUGCCAAAUUGCUUUCCAGAGUGAGUAUAACAUUUUGCAUUUCUGCCAACAAUGUAUGAGUGAUGAAAUUUCUGUACAUUCUCACCAACAUAUGUUAUUGUCACUGUUUUUGUUUUAACUGUUCUGAUAGGUGUAUAGUGAUAUCUCACUGCGGUUUUAGUUUGCAUUUUCCUAAAGGCUAAUAAAGUUGAACAUCUUUUCAUUUGC